AGUACUGGAAAUCUUGGAAAAAUAUGAUAAAUUAAAUAUUCUCAAAACACUGAAUUAACAAUGAGCACGAGCAGCUCCGAAGAAGAUAGCCAGGAUGACAGGGACAUUGAAAUUGCAUCAGACUUUGACAUGGAAUCAGACAUUGAAAGUGAGCAGGAGCAGGAGGAGCUUGAGGAUGCGGGGGAUAGUGCAGAGUCGGAGAGCAACUUCUAUACGUGCCUGGUGUGCAUGAAUACAGCUCAGGAUCCGGUGGUUGCCUUCUGUGGUCAUAUGUUUUGUGCUCAAUGCAUUCACAAGUGGAUGAGAUCGCAGCUUGGCAGCUAUGCCAAGUGUCCAUACUGUCAGUCGAUCAUUGGCGAUAACACAUUGAUCAGUGUCAACACCACUGCCAUGUCCGGCUAUUCGGGUUGCCAGUCCAUUGCCGAGCAUCGUCACUUUUCCAAUAUUAUUCAACAUGCUGUCCCAGCACCCGAGGAAUCAAUGUUCAUUGGUGGCCUUGUGUUACAUUCGCCCGAGCUGAUGCCUCGCAUGAAACCGCUGGCCCCAGAGCUGCUCCUGGAGUACUUCAAGGCUCCGUGCCGUUUAUACUUCUUUGAUGCUCCGAUUUUGCAACGCAGCUUUAUGCUAAUUAUGCUCUUCUAUCUUUUUAUCGCCACCUUGCGCAUGGACGGCACAGUCUAAUUCCAAAUAUUCCCAUUUAUCGAAAUGUUUUUUGUUUAACAAAAUAUUUUACAUAUAUUCUUAAGUUACUUGCGCUGGAAAAUAUGCUGUUAAUUGGGGCUAUUUAAUGAACGGACUGUACUAAAGCCAAGGCAAUUAUCGGCCUGGCAUUUGCACAA